AUGGCUGACAACUACGCAUCGCAUUUCGGCAUCAACAACAUCCCAUAUGGGAUUGCGAGCUCUUCAAAGUGCUCAACACCGCAAUGCGCAACACGUAUCGGCGAUGAAGUAAUAUUCCUUGCGGAGCUCGCGGAACACGACUCUUUCAAAAGCAUCUCAGCCCCUCUCUCAUCCAUCUUCCGCCAAUCCACCCUAAACACCUUUGCCGCUCUCGACAAAAGCAUACACAGUAAAGUUCGCUUUGCUAUACAAGAGGCAUACAAGGCGAAAUCACAUGGUACUUGCUCCGAGAAUGUCAGCAAUGUCACCAUGCAUAUGCCUGUACAUGUCGGAGACUUUACAGACUAUAGCGCUUCAGCAAACCAUGUUUUGAACGCUGGCGAGGCUGUUAUGGGAGUUCGUGCAUACCCGCCUGCUUUUAAGAAAUACCCAGUUGGUUACGCAGGUCGCUGUUCGUCCAUGACCACUUCAGGCGCACCGGUCAUAAGACCUUUGGGUCAAUUCAUCGAAGACUACACUGUACCCGAGAAGAAGAUCAUUUUCGGCCCAUCCAGAGGUUUAGACUAUGAGAUGGAGAUUGCUGCGGUCAUCGGCAAACCUGUCGAACAAGGGUCGAUUGUCAAAGCAAAAGACGCAGAUGAGCACAUCUUCGGACUAAUCUUGCUGAAUGAUUGGAGUGCAAGAGACAUCCAGGGUUUGGAGAUGAAUCCUUUGGGACCAUUUAACGGAAAGAACUUUAUGACGUCGGUUACGCCUUGGAUUGUUACACUGGAAGCACUGAAGCCUUACGAGGUCUCAGCCCCAGCGCGUAUGGAACCCGUUGCAGACUUCAUGGACGACCCGAAAAGCACAAACUACAGCAUCCACCUUGAAGGUCAAAUCAUCCGCAACGGCGCACAGACUACAACUUGCAAAGUUGGUUUCGAAACAAUGUAUUGGACAUUCAGACACAUGCUCGCACAUCAUACCAUUGGUGGCUGUAAUCUUCGGACAGGAGAUCUGAUUGCAAGCGGGACUGUAUCGGGGGAGCAGGAGCACGAGCAUGGAUGUCUGCUCGAACUGACCAAGAACGGCAAAGUGCCUAGCAAGUUGGGCGAUGGAUCUGAACUACGGUUCCUUGAGGACGGGGAUGAGUUCCGGUAUAUUGGUGUAGUCGGCGAUGCAGAUAGUGGUGUCGGAUUUGGAGCAUGUGUUGGCACUGUGAUGCCUGCGAGGCAGAUAUGA